AAGCAGUAAAAGUUGUGGGUUUUUAAGAGAGAGCCUAACCCCUCAAACAAACGUAAAAUUUUAGUAAUCAUGAAUCCUCAUUUAAUUUUAGCAUUUGUUGCCAUUGCUUUACCGUUUGCAGCUGCUGGCUAUGGUCACGCUCCGUAUGGUCAAGGCGGCUAUGCUGGCAAUGGUGUUGAAGAACUUAUUAAUGCUGCUACUGCCAACCAACAAGCUGCUGCUUCACUUACCGCCACCGCCGAUGUUAGUGCCUCACCCGCCGCUCAAGCUGGUUUAGCUCAAGCCAAUGCCCAGCUCCAAGCUUUGAAUGCCAAUCCCUCCUAUCAAAAUCUCAAAAAUUCAGAUACUAUUGCUGAGACUUUGGCUGAAAACACUUUGGCUUCGAAUAUACGUCAAGGCAACAUCAAUGUGGUGGCUCCCAAUGUUGUGGGACAAACCGCAUUCCGUUCCCUCUUGGUUCCUCAAGGUUUAAACAAUCAUCAAGUUAUUGCCACACAACCUCUACAACCCAUUAUUGUCAACCAACCUGGUUCACCCCCCGCUCAAAUUAGCAGUGGUCCCCCGGCUGUUGUUAGAGCUGCUCCCGUUGUAUAUAAAUUGAAACCUUCCAUCAUCUAUCAACAAGAAGUUAUAAACAAAGUACCCACACCACUUAGCCUCAACCCAGUAUAUGUUAAAGUGUACAAACCCGGCAAGCAAGUUGAUGCUCCCGUUUCCGCCCCUGCUUAUGGUCAAGCUGCCAGUUCUUUUGGUGGUAGUUCAUCAGCUGGUGCCUCUGCUGGAGUUGGUGAAGUUUCAUUUGGUGGUGCUCAAUACGCUGGUGCAGCUCAGUAUGUAGCUCCUCAACCUGCCUAUGGAGCUCAGCCAGCAUAUUGA